CGCGUGUGUGUGUCACAUGACUCUCGCACCGGAAGCGGGUUUGUUGACAGCUAGUCGUUCGCCACAAGACGCAGAGAAAGUCGCGGUUAAAGCGGGACGUGGAGCAGCUCAGGUGAGACGAUGAGCGACGAGCAUUACCUGGAGCUGUGCGACAACCCCGUGCAGUUUGAAAAUGCCUCGAGCGUCAACAACGUCUUCUUCGACGAGGCCAACAAACAGGUGUUCGCGGUGCGUUCAGGCGGGGCCACGGGCGUCGUGGUCAAAGGCCCCGACGACAAGAACUCCGUCGCCUUCAGGAUGGACGACAAAGGAGAGGUGAAGUGCAUCAAAUUCUCCAUUGGAAAUAAGAUCCUGGCUGUGCAGAGAACCUCCAAGUCUGUGGAUUUCAUCAACUUCAUGCCCGACUACCCGCACACCGAGUUCAGCCAGGAGUGCAAGACGAAGAACGCCAGCGUUCUGGGUUUCUGCUGGACCAACUGGAACGAGAUCGUCUUCAUCACCGACCAGGGAAUCGAGUUUUACCAGGUGUUUCCAGAUAAGCGCAGUGUGAAGCUGCUGAAGAGUCAGAGCAUCAAUGUGAACUGGUAUCAGUACUGUCCAGAGACGGCUGUCAUCCUGCUGUCCACCACCGUGCAGGGCAACGUGCUGCAGCCCUUCGCCUUCAGGAGCGGGACCAUGUCUAAGAUGUCCAAGUUUGAGAUCGAGCUGCCGGUUGUCCCCAAACCCGCCAAACUCAGCCUGUCCGAGAGGGACAUCGCCAUGGCAACCAUUUACGGUCAGCUGUAUGUGAUGUACCUGAAGCAUCACUCCAGGACGGCCAACAGUCCCAGUGCUGAGGUGGUGCUCUACCACCUACCCAGGGAGGGAGCCUGUAAGAAGAGCCACGUCCUGAAGCUGAACACGACGGGGAAGUUCGCCCUCAACAUCGUCGACAACCUGGUGGUGGUGCAUCACCAGAGCUCCCAGACCUCUCUGAUCUUCGACAUCCGGCUGAGGGAGCCGGACUGCGCCGUCAACACACACCAGCCUGUCCUGCCUGCUCGGUCCAUACACCCCUACAGGAUCCCACUGUCAGGUCCGACAGUGGUUCCCUCUCAGCCCGCGGUGCCCUGUCAGCUCUACUCUUCAUCCUGGAGCGUCUUCCAGCCCGACAUCAUCAUCAGCGCCAGCGAGGGUUACCUGUGGUACCUGCAGGUGAAGUUGCCUCCGACUGUCAACCUGCUGCAGGAUAAAGGCAAACUGAUGGACUUCCUGCUGCGACGCAGAGACUGCAAGAUGGUCAUCCUGUCUGUCUGCUCACAGAUCCUGGAGGGCGGGGAGAAGGGAAGUCUUCCUGUUGUGGCGACGGUCUUCGACAAGCUGAACCAGGUUUAUAAGGAAUAUCUGGAGGCAGAGCAGACGUACACUCUGGCGAUGGAGUCGGGUCCAAGUCGAGGCAGCGCCGCCCAGAAGCGUCCGGUCAGAACGCAGGCUGUCAUCGACCAAUCAGACAUGUACACACACGUCCUGUCAGCUUUCACCGAGAGGAAGGGCGUUUCCCACAAGUUCAUCAUCGCCGUGCUGAUGGAGUACAUCCGCUCUCUGAACCAGUUCCAGAUCACGGUGCAGCAUUACCUGUACGAGCUGGUGAUCAAGACGCUGGUCCAGCACAACCUGUUCUACAUGCUGCACCAGUUCCUCCAGUACCACGUCCUCAGCGACUCCAAGCCCCUGGCCUGUUUACUGCUUUCUCUGGAGAGCACCUACCCCCCCGCACACCAGCUGUCCCUGGACAUGCUCAAGCGCCUGUCUACGGCCAACGAUGAGAUCGUGGAGGUUCUGUUGUCCAAGCAGCAGGUUCUGGGCGCGCUCAGAUUCAUCCGCAGUGUCGGCGGCCAUGACAACGUGUCGGCCAGGAAGUUCCUGGACGCGGCGCAGCAGACCGGAGACCAGAUGCUGUUCUACACCGUGUUCAGGUUCUUCCAGCAGAGGAACCAGAGACUGAGGGGGAACCCGGCCUUCAACCCCGGAGAGCACUGUGAGGAGCACGUCGUUCACUUCAAGCAGCUGUUUGGAGAGCAAGCUCUGAUGAAACCUGCUACUGUCUGAGCCCACACACACACACACACACACACACACACACACACACACACACACACACACACACACACACACAGAUCCAGUGACACGAUGUUUAUUGACACACACACUCCAACACACAACAGCAGAAAACUGAAACUGGUUUGGGGUCAAACUGACACACGAUCAGACAAAACCAUCACAACAACCAACGAAGAAGAAGAAGAAGAAGCCGUCUGGAGGACUGAGGCGGUUUGUGAGACGAGGCGUUGAGGGACCACGGAGGCGGCGGGACACGGCGGCGUCAUCAGGUUCAUGACGCUCCUCUGGACGGAGGCUCCGCCCACAUGAGACGAGAGACUCAUUAAAAAAAAAAAACUAAUCUCCUGUCAGUUUGUAUGAAGAUGAACGAAUGAGUGUAACAGGCGAACACUGAAAUCUACUUUUUAAUCCUCAGUGAGCUGAUACGUUAAUAUAAAAUAAAUAAAUAUGUGUAUAUUUA